AUGCCAAACCCGUCUUCAUUGUUUCCUGACAGCUCCAAUUCACUGGAGGUUCAAGAUAUUCUAUUUGGUAGGUCAUCCAAUCGAUCACUUGGAGGGAAUUUGCAUGAUCUAUCUGAAGCUCAAAUAUCAAAACUUAUACAUUUAAAAUUUGAUAACAAUCCUAUAACCUUAAUACGACAAUUAUCUAGUGAUUUGACGUCUAAAGAGCGAGAUUUGAUUUUAUUGAGAAAAGAAAAAUUUGCUCGAGAGCAAUUACUAUUGAAACUUUUAAGCGAGUAUGGGAAUUUGUCCAGCUUAGAAAUAGAUCAGAAAUUAAACACUCUAAAGAUAGACAACAAUGCGGAUAAUGUUUUACACGAUUUGAUUGAGAGUGCUAUGGAUGAGCACUUGAAUCCGGAAUCAAAUCCUAGUAUAAACAAUAGAAUGAGUAUCAAACCUACUGAGCUGUAUCGAUUGAGGCUGAAACUGGACCAAUUGCGGCUGCCACCUGAACGAACCUCUCAAGUGACCUCUCCGAUAGAAGUGUUAAGUAAUACCAGCAGCAACAGUACUACCCACAACCAUAGUCAUAAUAAUAAUAGUAAUAAUAAUAAUAAUAAUAAUAGAUCGUCGUCUUGGUUGGGUAACUGGUUCAACCAUAACGAUGGUUCCAAUGAAAAUUUACCAGGUACACAAGGUAGACCACAAUCUAAAUCCUUCAGUCUACAGAUUGGCCCGUUUGGUUCGACAAGUUCGCUUUCUUCAAGUAAUACUGGUAAUGGCGUUAACUCUGGUGGGGGAAAUGGUGCAGAGAGUUCAAAGGUCCCUGUCGAACUUGAUAGCAUAAAAGUAAGGCGCCCCUACGAAGACAGAACCCCACUUUCAGCUGGCGUUGAUAAAUUUGGCUUUUUCAAUGAUAUGCCCAAAGAAGCUCAAAAGAGCAAUGAAUUGCUUAGCGAUGAAGAAGAGGGCGAAGAAGAAGAAGAAGAAGAAGAUGAUGACUAUGACGCCAAUACCAGUGGUAUUUCAGAAUCUAAGCCAUUUAUAUCCACAUUGGUCGAGACUAAUGAUCUUGAAGCGAAUGGUACUUAUUUAUCAACUUCGAAAGCGAAGAAUACGGUUACAAGUCUUGACACUCUUAAACAAUUGAGUAGAAUGCAUGAUGAGAAAUCAAAGCAAUAUGAAGAUGAGUGGGAGACAUUCUUCAAAAGUUUGCAAAGAGAUUACUAUUACAGCAGUAAUAAGAAUAAGGUCAAAAUUGAAAAUAUCCCCGAAAAGGACCAGAACAACACCUUCAACUCUUUAUAUUCUUCAGCGAAUGAAAUAUUUGGAUUGAAAGGUUUGAAUUUGAUAAAACUUGAGAAGAUUAUCAACAAGCAACAACCCCACCAUCACGUAGGACACGUUCCCUUAUCAAGUGAUAUAAAUUCUACUUCCUAUUUCAAGAAGCUACAUAAGCUAAUUCAAAAAAUGGGAAUCCCCCCUAAAUAUAGAUCACAAUUAUGGUUCGAGUUAUCGGGAUCCAAAAAUUUGAAAGUUCCUGGAGAAUUUGAUAGACUCUAUAAUUUAUCGAUUUCAAGUGUAAAUGAUCCACUAAUUGAGUCAAACAUAAACCAGGUUAACCUUGAUUUGCACAGGACAAUGCCCUCCAAUAUUUAUUUCAAUGAUGUUGUUAAUUCACAGCCUGGACCCAACUACUAUAGGUUACAGAAAAUUUUGUAUGCAUUUGUUGUCUAUAAGCCAAAAAUUGGCUAUUGUCAAGGAAUGAAUAAAAUCAUUAGUAAUUUAUUACUAGGAGGUGGAGCUACAGCGGCUUCCAAUAAUGAAGAAGACGAGAAAUGGAGCGUAAAUUUGACAGAAGAGGAUAUCUUUUGGAUCUUUGUUGGCUUCAUUGACGAAUUAUUACCGACGUACCUGAAGGAUUUUAAAGAUUACAACUUCUUUGAUAACAAGUCGUUACUUUAUAUUGGAAUUGAUCAAAAAAUAUUGUCAGAUGUGUAUUUCCCACGGUUUUUGCCUAACUUAAGAAAACACUUCAAAACUUUGAAUAUUCAAAUUGAGUACAUCACUUUGAACUGGUGGGUACUGAUAUUCACCGAAAAUUGCUUGCCGAUUGAAAUAUGGAUCAAGUUCUUUGACAAUUUUUUGGUAAGUUUAAAUGUGGAAAUUCUAUUCUUUCUGAUUAGUCUAUCAUUAUUUAAGAAUUUUGAAAAGCUCUUGCUAAGUAUUUCAAAUGCAGAUGAUAUAUAUUUGAUAAUGAAGAACUUAAACCAAAAUAACUCCACCAAGAGUAAUUUGAAAUAUUCUGAAUUAAUGCAAUUAUCAAAGAGUUUUGAAAAGAAGAUAGAUGGGCAGGAGAUCGAGAGCUUGAGGAUGAUGUACGGUUAA